CACCUUCUGUUGGAAAAGAUGAGACUUUAACCCAACUCUAAGGAAACGUGGCAAUGACGUGUCAAUAUUUAAAUUAAGACCCGGAUGUUCACAGCCUGCACAGUGAACAGUUCAACCAAAAGAGAAACAGACGCAGUCAUUUAACCGUUUGGAUGGUGUGUAUGGUCUCGUCAUAAGGUGAUGAGUUGGUGCAUCGAUGAACACCCGUCGCCGCUACGGUCCUAAAAGCAGCCAGGAAGGGGUCUACACUGGGCCGUCUCAGACCCAGUCCCAGCUGGUCCAACAGCUGGAAACCCCCCUGGCUGUGCCAGCACCCAUCGCCGCCCCUAUUGUAGACACCAUCAGCAUGUCCUGCCGAGACCGUACCAGCGAGUUUCAAUCCGUCUGCAAGUCCCUGCAGGGGAGACAGAAUGGAGCACAGCUCGCCCGACCUAUCAACAAUGCAGUCAGACAAAGGAGUGAAUUCACUCUCGUGGCUAAGCGAAUUGGAAGAGACCUCAGCAACACUUUUGCCAAGCUGGAAAAGCUCACGAUUCUCGCCAAAAGGAAGUCACUUUUUGAUGACAAAGCGACUGAAAUUGAUGAACUCACUUACAUUGUGAAACAGGACAUCAACAGUCUGAAUAAGCAGAUAGCUGGGUUGCAAGAUAUUGUUCGAUCACGAAGUGGACAGAAUGGUAGACAUCUUCAGACACAUUCCAACACCAUCGUAGUUUCAUUGCAGUCAAAACUGGCAUCUAUGUCAAGUGACUUCAAGUCAGUGCUGGAAGUCAGAACAGAGAACCUAAAGCAACAGAGAACCAGACAAGAACAUUUUUCCCAAGCUUCUGGGUCUGCCUCCUCUUUCAAUGGCAACAACUUUAACAAUUCCGUGCUCAUGCAGGACGAUUCCAAAAAGAGUGAUAUAUCUAUAGAUAUGGACCUGCACGGCAGUCAGGAGAUGCAGUUAAUCAAUAAACGGGACGAAUACAUACAGAACCGAGCAGACACUAUGCAGAAUAUAGAGUCCACUAUUGUGGAGCUUGGGUCUAUAUUUCAGCAACUGGCUCAUAUGGUUAAAGAGCAGGAAGAGACGGUACAGAGAAUUGAUGCUAAUGUCGAGGACACUCAGCUGAACGUGGACCUUGCUCAUGGAGAGAUACUCAAAUAUUUUCAGUCCGUCUCCAACAAUCGCUGGCUCCUCAUCAAGAUUUUCCUUAUCCUCAUUAUCUUUUUCAUUGUGUUUGUGGUUUUCAUGGCCUGACAGCACAGGUGUGCCAUGAUCUUCUUGUAAGGAGAGCAAUUGUGGGAUUGUCAGUAUUCAAGCAUUACUCGCCAUCUCUCUGUCUUGUCUCUGAUCUUCAUUCUUACAUUUGUUGUGCAUCAUGCUAUAGUCCUUUUAGCAUGUGUGUACUGGCGGUUGAGCUCUUUUUUUAUUCAAUGAAUCUUGUUUUGUCCCCGAAAAUUUGUGAAAUUUGUUAUUUUAUAUUAUGUUAUAACUUUGUGAUUAUCAUUACUUCUUUACACACCUGUGAUCUUUAAACUGAAACACAUUUAAAAGCAUUUCCAUUUAUUCUCUGAUAUUUUAAUACAGAGAAAAUCAUGCAGUGGUUUAUAUAAAGAAUUAAAAUCCAUUUUGUAUGAAGAUGGUUAGUGAUAAACUACCAAAUAGUCUUAAAAGCCAGCAAUGCUUUUGUAUUUUGUUAGUGAGUCUUCUGUAAGGUUUUAAAGGUUAGGGUGUUUUAACACUGUUGCAUCACUUAUAUACUGCUGGAAGUUGGUAAAGCUGGCAAAGGAUCAAUAUUUGGUUCUAUUGGUUUGGUUUAUCAAACCUGGUCAAAACUGAAAGUGUGGCGUGCCUAAAGACUUGAUCUUUUGUAGCAGUCAUGUACCUAGAAAUGAAUGCUUUAUGUUUAUCCCUUUAUAAUUAUUGUAAAAUACUUUUAUGUUAUUGAUUUCAGUGAGUGUUUUAAACAUUAUUCACAUGCGUGUACAGUGACAUACAUGAUUUCUUAAAGGUCUGCUUUGGUUCUUUGAGAAUCCUGUUGUCAAACUCUUAAUAUAAAA